UGAAGGUGAGAGCCUGGUCCAGCCCCUCUACUGGGAGGGAGAUGUCACACCAGUGACCAUGUUCCUUAAGGGCCCCUUAGGGGAGAAAGGUCUGAUUUGUAACAGUUUUGACAAAAACUUGAGUUUGAGCCCAAGUCCAUUAGUGUGUCAGGGAAUCUCUACCGAAGAGAGGCCUCGUCCAUGCUACUCUCCAGAGAACUUCCAGCACAGUGCAGACCUAACUGGCCAGGAGGGGCUUCCUACACCUGAAAGCCCAUUCAUAUGUACUGGGUGUGGGAAAACACUCAGAGGAAGCCUUGACCUUGUUCAGCAUCAGAGAGCCGACUUUGGAGAGAAGUCUUUUAUGUGUUCUGAAUGUGGAAAAUCCAUUAGCCAGAAGUCUGGUCUUACAAACCACUGGCAACCUUACCUAAAUGUGCAGCCCAGCCUGCGUGUCCAGUGCACGAAAGUCUCUCAGUUGUAUGUGUGUAAGGAAUGUGGGAAAGCCUUCAGCCAGAACUCAAGCCUUAAAAAGCACCAAAAGUGUCACAUGAUUGAAAAGUCCUAUGUGUGCAGGGAAUGUGGAAAGGCUUUUAGGCGGAAAUCAAACCUUGUCCAGCAUCAAAGAAUCCAUUCUGAAGAGAAACCGUAUGUCUGUGACCGGUGUGGGAAAGGCUUCGGGCGGAACUCAAACCUCGUUAAACACCACAGGAUCCACAGGGAUGAUAAGCCUUUCGAGUGCAGAGAGUGUGGUAAAGCUUUUAGCCAGAGCGCACACCUCAGGAAGCAUCAGAGGAUCCACUCUGAAGAGAAACCGUAUGAGUGUGAUGAUUGUGGCAAGUCGUUCAGUCGCAUCUCAAACCUCAUUAAACAUCACAGGGUUCAUACUGGAGAGAAACCUUACCAAUGCAGCGACUGUGGGAAAGCAUUUAGCCAGAGUUCCAGCCUUAUGCAGCAUCGGAGAAUUCACACUGGAGAGAAGCCUCAUGUGUGCAGCGUGUGUGGGAAAGCCUUCAGUUACAGCUCUGUGCUCAGGAAGCACCAGAUAACUCACACAGGAGAGAAGCCCUACAGGUGCAGUAUCUGUGGGAAGGCCUUCAGCCACAGCUCCGCCCUCAUCCAGCAUCAAGGGGUGCACACUGGGGACAAGCCCUAUGAGUGCCACGAGUGUGGAAAGACCUUCAGUCGAAGUUCCAACCUCAUCCUUCACCAUCGAGUCCACACCGGAGAAAAACCUUAUGAAUGUACUGAAUGUGGGAAAACCUUCAGCCAGAGCUCAACCCUCAUUCAGCACCGGAGGAUUCACAAUGGAUUAAAACCUCAUGAAUGUAGCCAGUGUGGCAAAGCCUUUAACCGAAGUUCAAACCUUAUCCACCACCAGAAAGUUCACACAGGAGAGAAGCCCUUCACAUGUGUUGAGUGUGGUAAGGGCUUCAGCCAGAGUUCGCACCUCAUUCAGCAUCAAAUAAUCCACACUGGAGAGAGACCCUAUCAGUGCAGUGAGUGUGGAAAAGCCUUCAACCAGCGCUCAGUGCUCACCCAGCACCAAAGGAUUCACACUGGUGUGAGGCCCUAUCACUGCGCUGCUUGUGGGAAAGCGUUCAUCCAGCGGUCAAAGCUGCUUAAACACCAGUUAGUUCACACAAAGGAGUAGCCUGGAGGCUGGGCCACGGUUCCUCUCUGACUCUGCCGGCCCUUGGCUCAGCCUUCCCCUUGCUAGACUUGAAAGCAGGCUCACUGUUUUUAUGCCCAGCCGCCACAGAGCCUAAAGCCCUCCUUUAAACAUCCUCCAAGGCUCUCUUUUGCCAUUGCUGCCGAAGCGUGUGGCUCUUAUCUGCAUUUUGUUGUUCUUACGGUUUGCAAACAUGCUCUUGUUCAUUAGAAGACAAAGAUGACAAAGGUUUCAUUGUUCAUAGUUUAUUCUUGUAAUCAAAGGUGCAGAAAUAGGUAAUGUGACCUUUGGCUGGAAUAACCUCAGUAUUCUUCCACUUAGCAUUUAGUCAUAGGGAGUGAGGCCUGAUUUAGUGUUUAUUAAUAUUUUAUUUACAUAAGCCCAACAUGAGGGUUUUCCAGGUCCAGUUGCCAUGUUCUCUGGAGACAUUACUCUGCUUCCUUUCCUGUCCCAUCCUGUAUCAGCUUCCUUUUUUUCUUUUCUUUUGUUUUUUCUCAACAGGGUUUCUGUGUGUGACAGUCCUGGCUGUCCUGAAACUUGCUGUGUAGACGAGGCUGGCCUCAAACUCACAGAGAUCCGCCUGCCUCUGCCUCCCGAGUGCUGGGAUUAAAGGCGUGCGCCACCAAUGCCUGGCUUCAUGGCUUUCUUCAUCUUUCCCCCACACGCCCCAGGCCAUGUCUUCACACAUGCUCUCACCAUCAUUUUUGAAGUACUUUCUGUUUGGUCUUAGGCAGUCCAGAUGUCAGAAAUGAGCUCACACUGGACUACAGGAGGACUUCUGCUGGUUAGAUAAAAGCCAACCUCCUUCAGGAACUUGUGAAACCAUUUCCCAUCUGCCAAAAGGAGUCAUUUCCUUACCUCUGGCAGGAGGGACAUACUGUUCUCAAGUGGCAUGUACCUGUGGCUGCAUAUCAAAGCCCAUGCCACCUCCAGGCUCCCUCAGUCCCAACUCAGCAAGUAGUUGUUAGACAUUUCCAAGCCCACCUCUCUUAUACUCCCUCCCCACCCCCACUCCACCCCCACCCCUACCCCCUGGCGUUCUCAUUACUCUCUCUCCUCCCUAUGCUGUGUUCCUAUAGCCUGCUACCCCCCUGUCUCUACCAUGUUCUCUUGCUACCCUGCUUCCCUAACACUGUCCAUAUCCAGACUGCUUUCUCUCUCUCUCUCUCAGUUCUGAACUCCUCCAGGUGUCCCUGAAUAGUUUCUAUCUUAUGCACAAUAAAACCCUAACCCUGAUAAUGGAACUGUCACGUUGGCAGGUUCUUUAUUGUAUCCCCUGCAUACAUCUGAUGCUGAAACCUGCACAAACUGGACCAUAGGAUGGUUCUGGAUAUUUGGACUGCCUGAGACCCAGCACUUUCUGGGUACUCACACACACACACACACACACACACACACACACACACGAGAGACAGGAACAGGAUACCAGCUCACUAACCUCAUCAUUUUCCCAGAGCUGUGUCUUUAUGCUCUGAACAGGGAGAGAGCUCAAGUACAGCAUAUCUGUCCCCAGAGAGCUCCCUAGAUAGUAGACACUAGGUAGACAUAGGGUGUCACAGGACACACUCCAACCAGACCAAAUCCAGCUUCUUUGAGUAAAAGAAACUUUAUGGGAACACACCAAUGCCCAUUUGCUUACAAAUACCUAGCAGCUUUUGCAUGGCAGAAUUGGGAGUUGUCAUACAUAACCAUAUGCCCCACAAAGCUAGAGUUUUCACUUUGUGACCCUUUUCAGGGAGUUAGCCUGCUUUGCCAUAAGACAAUGGAAGCCCUUGUUAUCACCGGGAGCUCUCAAGGUGAGGCUUUGAAGAGAGGCUCAAAGUUCUUGCAGGAAGGGAUUGAAAUAUUUUGUGACUAGAAGUCUAAUCAAUGUGUAGUGCAUUAGCCUGAGAAUGGUGAGGUUCUGUCCUAGUUAGGGUUACUCUUGCUGUGAUGGCCAAAAGCAAGUUGGGAAGAAGAGGGUUGAUUUGGCUCACAUGUCCACAUCCAUCAUUGAAGUGAGGCUGGAACUCAAACGGGGCAGAAAGCUGGAGGUAGGAGAUGGAGAGGCCACGGAGGAUGCUGCUUACUGGUUGGCUCACCAUGGCUGGAUCAGCGUCCUGCUUGCUUGUCUUGGUUUUUUUAGACAGGGUUUCUUUGUGUAACAGUCCUGGCUGUCUUGGAACUCACUCUGUAGACCAGGUUGGCCUGGAACUCACUGAGCUCCUCCUUGCCCCUGCCUCUCAAGUGCUGGGAUUACUGGGAUUAAAGGUGUGUCCUGCCACCACCUGGCCAGUAGAACCUGGAGCCACCAACCCAGAGGUGGCGGCCCCAUCCACAAAGGGCUAGGCCCUCCCAUAUCAGUCACUAAGAAAAUGCCUUUCAAGCUUAUGUAACUUCCAAGUUUCUCUACUGUGAAGUUAUUAUUUUCCUUUUUAGCUACCAUAGACAAUGUUUCUCAUCAAUAUCUACCUUGUUUGUAUCUCAUCAUGAUUCUUCUACUUCCAUUACCAAAAGAGUUUUACCUUCUCCAUGUAUUUAUCAGUGAUGGGUGGUGGUGGCACACGCCUUUAAUCCCAGCCCUGUGAGUUCGAGGCCAGCCUGGUCUACAAAGUGAGUUCCAGGAAAGCCUCCAAAGCUACACAGAGAAACCCUGUCUCGAAAAACCAAAAAAAAAAAAAAAAAAAAAAAGAUAAACUCUAUGUAUUUAUCAGUUUAUUCAGUAUGGGUUCAUUAAUUUCUAUUUGUUUAGUGAGUCUGUAACUCUCAUUAUAUAUUGUGAUACUCAGAUGGUCCCAGAUUUGACCAGUAGAAACUUGUUCUUCAUACUAGAGUCCUGUGCACAUCUUGUUGUGUUUUGGCCUUUGCUUUGCUUUCUGGCAUAGCCAGCUAUUCCAAGUUCAUCCUGAAUGCUCCUUUUUCCCAAUUGUGCAGUGUGUCUUUUUCCCCUGGGCUUCCUCAUCCCUGUUGCUAACAAGGUAUUUUAGAAAGCAAGAUCUAGCCGAGCAUUGGUGGUGCACGCCUUUAAUCCCAGCACUUGGGAAGCAGAGGCAGGUGGAUCUCUGUGAGUUCGAGACCAGCCUGGUCUACAGAGGGAGUUUCAGGACAGGUUCCAAAACAAUACAGAGAAACCCUGUCUCGGGGAAGAAAAAAAAGCAAGAUCUAAGUGCUGGGUGUAUACCUUGUUGGAAAGUGUCUGGGAUCUCACAACAGACCACUCAGCGGAGAGCUAGGGACUAGACGAGUGUGCAUAAAUGCCAUCUUCGAGCAGCUCUCUUACCAGGCCCAGUCCAACACCAAAGCUCACUCCACCCUUCCCUCUUUUCUGUAUUUGUUCUUCUUAAUAUUUAUUUAUUUUAUGUAUAUGAGUGACCUGUCUACUAACACACCAGAAGAGUGACUCGGAGCCUGUUACAGAUGGUUGGGAGUCACCAUGUGGUGGCUGAGAAUUGAACUUAGAACCUCUGGAAGAGCAGUCAGUGCUCUUAAUUGAUGACCCCUUUCUCCAGCCCCUUUCUGUAUUUGUAACUGCAUUCCCAUUUUAACAGAAAUACAGUCUUGGUAUCUUCAGUA